AUAAAUUUGGACUUGUACAAAUAUAUGGUGGUGGCGUGGAAAUCCAGAUCGGAGACUAUGGAAGAGGCGAUUAAUUGAACACUGAUGCUUUAAAGGGGAACUACGAACUUCUCAAAAGCCACACCGAAUCAAAGGCGCCAUUAGCGCACCUUAAUUUCCGUUUUUGCAUUCAACAUAUCGUUUUUACUCCUCCCACUCACAGUCAGAGUUACACGUCUCUCUAGCUUUCUUUUUUCACUCUCUCUCACAUGGUUUCUUUUGCGGUCAGAUUCCAUAUGAGCUGGUCCAAAUCUAAGGGGGCAUUUUAUCAAACACUGGUUCUUCACUCUCUCGGAUGAACCUCCGACUCAACCGCCGCCAUGGACGGCCCUUCUCCAAUGCUUCUUUCCACUCUCGUCCUCGUCUUCUCUCUUGCAGCACCUGCAAUGGUCCUCAGUGCCACCGACCCAAACGAUGUCAAAAUCCUCAACGAUUUCAGAAAUGGGUUGGAUAACCCGGAGCUGCUUCCAUGGCCUAAAAAUGGUGGAGACCCAUGUGGAACCCCUCUUUGGAAUUACAUAUACUGUGAUGGAAACAGAGUUUCCCAGAUUCAAGCUAAGAACUUGAACCUCAGUGGUCCCUUACCGCAGAACCUGAACCAGCUCACCAUGCUCUUCAACUUGGGCCUUCAGAACAACAAGCUCAACGGUCCCUUGCCAUCGUUCAGUGGGUUGUCUAAGCUGAAAUAUGCUUAUUUGGACAACAACAACUUCGAUUCCAUCCCUUCAGAUUUCUUCGACGGGCUCGAGAGUUUGGAAGUUCUGGCUUUGGAUCGCAACAACCUCAAUGCUAGCACUGGUGGGUGGCAAUUCCCUUCUUCGUUGCAGGGUUCCACGCAGUUGACCAAUCUUACUUGCGCGAGUUGUAACUUGGCCGGUCCCUUGCCGGAUUUUCUCGGGAAGAUGAACUCUUUGUCGUUUUUGAUACUUUCCGGCAACAAUUUGACCGGAGAGAUCCCGGCGAGUCUAAACGGCACCGCUUUGCAGCUUCUAUGGUUGAAUAACCAGCAGGGUAAGGGUCUUACUGGGACUAUUGACUUGGUGGCCACCAUGGUUUCGCUCUCGAGUUUGUGGCUUCAUGGGAACAGUUUCACUGGGUCCAUUCCGGAGAACAUUGGGGACUUGACUUCUCUGAAGGAUCUCAACCUCAAUAGCAACCAGCUUGUUGGGCUAAUCCCUGAUGCCUUAGGUAAAAUGCAACUGGACAAUCUGGAUUUGAGCAAUAACCAUUUGAUGGGUCCGAUCCCAAAUUUUAAAGCGUCUAAAGUAUCUGAUGAUUCCAAUGAUUUUUGUCAAAGCAAACCCGGGGUUCCCUGCGCCUUUGAAGUCAUGGCGCUUUUGGGAUUUCUUGAUGGGUUGAAUUAUCCUUCAAAUCUUGUUAAUUCCUGGACUCUUAAUAACCCUUGCGAGGGGAAUUGGUUGGGAAUUAAGUGCAAUGCCAAUGGAAAGGUGUCUAUGAUUAAUUUGCCAAACUUUAAUCUUACUGGUACUCUAAGUCCUUCUGUUGCAAAUUUAGGUUCUCUUGUUGAAAUUCGAUUGGAGGGUAACAAUCUCAGUGGUGUAGUACCUAGUAACUGGACUAGCUUGACAUCUCUGACAUUGUUGGAUCUGAGUGGCAAUAACAUUUCCCCUCCGCUGCCAAAGUUCACUAAUAAUGGCUUGAAAAUUAUGACUGAGGGGAAUCCUUUGUUAAAUGGUAGCCCGGAAGCUCCUUCCUCAGGGAACAAGAGUCCACCAUCUGGAUCUGGGAAGGCUGAACCUACACCAGGAAACUCAAAUUCAAGUUCAAAUAAUUCUCAUGAAACAACAAAAUCCAAAACGAAAAGCUUGGUUUCAAUUGUAGCCCCCAUUGCGGGUGUGGCUGCUGCAGCUUUUCUUCUCAUUCCACUUUAUGUAUAUUAUUUCAGGAGGAGAAAGGAUGGUGAUUCACUAGUAAUUCACCCUAGAGAUCCAUCUGAUUCAGACAAUACUGUAAAGAUUACGGUUGCUAACAAUACCAAUGGAAGCAUUUCCACUGUAACAGGGAGUGUGUCUGGGAGUAGAAACAGCAGUGGAAUUGGGGAUUCUCAUGUCCUUGAAGCUGGAAAUCUUGUGAUAUCAGUUCAGGUUCUAAGAAAUGUGACCAAGAAUUUUGCCCCCGAGAAUGAGCUAGGCCGUGGUGGAUUCGGCGUUGUUUAUAAGGGAGAAUUGGAUGAUGGAACAAAAAUUGCAGUAAAACGAAUGGAAGCAGGUGUGAUUAGUAACAAAGCCUUAGACGAAUUCCAGGCUGAAAUUGCAGUUCUAUCAAAAGUCCGACACAGGCAUCUAGUGUCUCUUUUGGGUUAUUCCGUCCAAGGCAAUGAGAGAAUUCUAGUUUAUGAGUAUAUGCCACAAGGAGCUCUUAGUAAGCAUCUUUUCCAUUGGAAGAGCUCAAAAAUGGAGCCCCUGUCUUGGAAGAGGAGGCUCAAUAUUGCCUUGGAUGUUGCUAGAGGAAUGGAGUAUCUUCAUUCUCUGGCUCACCAGAGCUUCAUUCACAGAGAUCUUAAGUCGUCAAAUAUUUUGCUCGCUGAUGAUUUUAGAGCAAAAGUAUCAGAUUUUGGAUUGGUAAAACUUGCUCCUGAAGGCGAAAAAUCUGUAGUGACCCGGCUUGCUGGGACUUUUGGAUACUUGGCGCCAGAAUAUGCAGUUACAGGAAAAAUCACAACCAAAGCAGAUGUUUUCAGUUUUGGGGUUGUGCUAAUGGAGCUGUUGACUGGAUUAAUGGCACUUGAUGAGGAUAGACCUGAGGAAAGCCAAUACUUGGCAGCAUGGUUCUGGCAUAUAAAAUCAGAUAAGAAGAAACUAAUGGCUGCAAUUGACCCAGCCCUUGACAUAAACGAAGAAACGUUUGAGAGCAUCUCCGUCAUUGCUGAGCUAGCUGGGCACUGCACUGCCAGAGAACCAACCCAACGGCCUGAUAUGGGUCAUGCUGUGAAUGUUCUGUCACCACUUGUUGAAAAAUGGAAACCAUUUGAUGAUGACAUUGAGGAGUAUUCUGGCAUCGAUUAUAGCCUUCCCCUUACCCAGAUGGUGAAGGGCUGGCAGGAGGCAGAAGGAAAGGACUUGAGUUAUAUGGACUUAGAAGACAGUAAGAGUAGUAUCCCUGCAAGGCCUACUGGAUUUGCAGAUUCUUUUACUUCUGCUGAUGGCCGGUGAAACAAAUGGUUUGUUGCUUUUGUUGAAUGUACCUUCUUUUUUCCUUUCUCCUUUUAAUUUUAAAUAGAUGUAGAUAGCAGGCUCUUUUAUAUCUGUCUAAAAAUGCCUUGGCAAAAUGUUUGGUACGAGUGUUGUAAUAGUGGUCGAGCAAGAGAUUUCAUAUGCACCUAUGUAUGCUUUUUAUUUUCUAUGAUGACAUUUAAGUGUUAAUGGUUGUAGAUAGUACUGAGCCACACGAUCAAUGAGAAUGCUGGUCAUU